GGCUUGGCGGGCAGCGGGAGGCCGUUGUUAGCAGGAUCAGUCAGAUCAGACAGAGACAAGGCGCGGGGAACCUUCACUUUGCACGGGCGACUGAAACUUCACUGCCAAGAUGUCUGACGACGAGAAAGAGCAGACCAUAGCAGAGGACCUGGUUGUCACCAAGUACAAGAUGGGUGGUGACAUCGCCAACCAGGCUCUUCGUCUGGUUGUGGAAACAGCCAUGCCCGGGGUGUCGGUGCUCAGCCUCUGUGAGAAGGGGGAUGCCUAUAUCAUGGCUGAGACUGGAAAGGUCUUCAAGAAGGAAAAGGAAAUGAAAAAAGGCAUUGCGUUUCCCACCAGCGUCUCAGUCAAUAACUGUGUUUGCCACUUCUCUCCCCUGAAGAGUGACCCUGACUUCACACUUAAAGAUGGGGAUCUGGUCAAAAUAGAUCUAGGGGUUCAUGUCGAUGGCUUCAUUGCCAAUGUUGCCCACAGCUUUGUGGUGGGAGCCAGUAAGGAGAACCCCAUCACAGGCAAGAAAGCUGAUGUAAUCAAAGCAGCCCAUCUGUGUGCAGAAGCAGCUCUUCGGCUUGUUAAACCUGGAAGCCAGAACUCAAAAGUGACAGAAGCCUGGAACAAGAUCGCCAAGUCGUUCAAAUGCACACCAAUAGAGGGUAUGCUGUCUCAUCAGCUAAAGCAACACAUCAUCGAUGGAGAGAAGACCAUAAUUCAGAACCCGUCAGACCAGCAAAGGAAGGACCAUGAGAAGGCGGAGUUCGAGGUACAUGAAGUCUAUGCUGUGGAUGUCUUGAUUAGCACCGGAGAAGGGAAGGCAAGAGAUGCAGGUCUAAGGACCACCAUUUAUAAGAGGGACCCCAGUAAGCAGUACGGCUUGAAGAUGAAAACUUCCCGUAUGGUCUUCAGCGAGGUGGAACGACGCUUUGAUGCCAUGCCCUUUACUCUCCGGGCGUUUGAGGAUGAGGCCAAAGCCCGACUGGGUGUGGUGGAGUGUGCCAAACACGAACUGCUUCAGCCCUUCGGUGUGCUACACGAGAAAGAGGGAGAGUGUGUAGCUCAGUUUAAGUUCACAGUGCUGCUGAUGGCCAACGGGCCUCACAGAAUCACCAACGGGCUCUUCGAUCCGGAGCUCUAUAAGUCAGAGCAUGAGGUGCAGGACGCAGAGCUGAGGACUUUGUUAGAGAGUUCUGCAAGCCGUAAAACACAGAAGAAGAAGAAAAAGAAGGCCUCAAAGACAGCAGAAACCGCAACUGGACAGCCAGCCGAGGAAACGGAAGCCGUAGAAUAAAUAAAUACUGCUUUUCCAUACACGGAGGAGCCCAAAGAAAAGCACGAGAAAAAACAACAAAUUUCCCCAAAGUCUCUGCCCGUUACACACCUUUUUCUUUUCGCAAUGGCAACCGAGGAAUUUUAGAUCCUACAUGGAUGCUUAACCCUUUACUGCACUAUUGAAAAGUACUGUGUUGCUUUUUCUUCUCUAACCUCAGUAGGAAAUAAACGAUAUUUGCAAAUAGUUUUACAUCUUUGCAAAGACUUGUUGCCAAAUGUUAUGUGAGCGACUGGGUGUUUCUUUGUUGUUUUUUAAAAAUAUUUUGUCCUCUUUGGUUUUAUCAUAUGCAUCUGAAAAUGUUCUUUCAAGUUACACUGACUCUUACAGUGGGCGUAAAUGGAUCAGCUUUCUUUUUUUUAUCAUCCAACCAGCAUUAUUGGAUACAGACAGAUAAGUGAAUCAAAUUCUUAAACUUAAUCUUCCUUUGUCUAAAAGAACACGUUUCUCAAGAAAUUACAAAAGUUAUGUAAACAUUUUUAUAUGUGAACAAAGAAUCAGUUUAUAAUGAAAUAUUUCUAUAUUUUACUGGAAGGUUUACAAGCUCUCAGUCAGUGUAAGAUCAAGUGAUGAUGGUGAGUUUGUCAUCCAGUUUAUUAAUAUAAACUUGUUUUUUAUUAACUAUAUUAUGCAGUAAAGGGUUAAAUUAUCAAUUCAAACAAAACCAUAUCGACACUUGACAAUGAAUUCAUCAACUGUAAUUGAAAAGUUGGCUUUUCUGUAUGUAGUCAGGGUUAGUCUUCCAUCAUAGGCCUUACAACUUUGGUUAAAUUUACAAUGUUUCAACCACUUGACUCUUAACACAAAGUAUUACCUGAGCACAAGACUGUGUAAACAAGCAAAAAACAUACCAUAUCAGUUUGACGUUGGGGAUCAAAACUGCUAUUUACUGCCAUCCCCUUGAAUUUUAUGAAAAUAUAUAUAUACGUUCUAGUUUUGAAAACGUUUUUUCUAUUGAUGACAUCUGCUAAUUUCUUUACUACGUCAUAAGCCUUGUGAAGAGUGAAAACUGAAGUGGGCCAACUUCGAAGGUUUUAUGGGUCUCUUCAGUGGACCAUUAAGAUCCUUUAAGGUCUGAGUUUGAUUUCGAGGUCUGGGUCUUGAAAGAAAGUCAAAUCCUGCAUUGUAGCUCAAUCAGUGGGCAAUGAACAUCUAAGGAAAUAAAAACAUUUUCAUACA